GUCUUAUAUAUCAGUGCGGUUAUUCUAGAAUAAGAAAGACGGCGAUCUCUCCUAUUGUCAUCUUCAUUAGAUAGAGUCCGAGGGUAGAGAAUCCCAUCACCAUCACCGAGGUUCGACUAGACAGACAAGACGAGACAAGACACCACACAACACGUCCCACGAUGCCCUUCAACACAGAACUCACUCGCCGUCUAGGCAUCCGCGUCCCCGUCAUCCAGGGCGGCCUCAUGCACGUCGGCACCGCAGACCUCGCCUCGGCCGUGUCCAACGCCGGCGGCCUGGGCAUCAUCACCGCCCUCAUCUCGCCCAGCCCCGACGCCCUGCGCGCCGAGAUCCGCCGCUGCCGCACCCUGACCGACAAGCCCUUUGGCGUCAACCUGACGCUUCUCCCGUCCCUGCUGCCUCCGGACUACCCGGCCUACGCGCAGGCCAUCAUCGACGAGGGCGUCAAGAUCGUCGAGACGGCGGGCAACUCCCCGGGCCCCGUGAUCCGCCAGCUCAAGCAGGCGGGCAUCACGGUGCUGCACAAGUGCACCACGAUACGGCACGCGCAGAGCGCGGUCAAGCUGGGCGUUGAUUUUCUAAGCAUUGACGGCUUCGAGUGCGCGGGCCACGUGGGCGAGAGCGACAUUACAAACUUCAUCUUGCUGGGCCGAGCGCGGCAGACGCUCAACACGCCGUUCAUCGCGUCGGGAGGCUUUGCUGACGGCCAGGGGCUCGCGGCGGCGCUGGUGCUCGGCGCGUGCGGCAUCAACAUGGGCACGCGCUUCGUGUGCACCCAGGAGGCGCCCGUGCACCGCAACAUCAAGGAGGCCAUUGUCAGGGGCCAGGAGACGGAUACCGCGCUGCUGCUGAGGCGCUGGACCAACACGACGCGGCUGUACAAGAAUAAGGUCACCGAGGAGGCGCUCAAGAUUGAGAGGGAGAGCAAGACGGGGGAUUUCAAGGAGGUGGCGCCGUAUGUGAGUGGGAAGAGGGGCAAGGAGGUCUUUAUCAAUGGUGAUCCGGAGCAUGGGGUUUGGACGACGGGUCAGGUCAUGGGACUGAUCCACGAUAUCCCAACGUGUGCGGAGCUGGUGGCUCGUAUUGAAAAGGAGGCCGAGACGGUAUUGCGGGAGAAGGUGUCCUUGAUUGUGUCGGACACGAAGCUGUGAGCGUGAAUUGAGCGGGAUGAGUCGAUAUGGAGGUUGACGAUUAAUGCAUGUACAACUUGCACCUUUUCUUUUUGCGGAUAUAGCAAGCUUGGACAGAGG